AUUGAUUGUAAAUAUUAAUUCAUAUCAUAUAUAAUAUAUUAUAAUAAUUUUGACAAACUAUGUGUUAAAUAAAUUGUGUAUUAAAUAUCAUAUAAAUUAAUAUUAAAUGCAAUUAAAUGAUAACACGUGUUGACAACUGAUUGAAAACAAAUGGUAUUUAAAGUGAUGUUCAAUAAUAACGUGAUUUCGCAACACUUAUAGUGAACUCAAUAUUAAUGGUUUGAUUGACAUAACUAUAGAAAUGAAAACAAUGUCUCAAAAUCGGGUAAAAUAUUCAUCAAAUCUUCUGAAAUACUUUGUCUUCAACAGUGAUUGGGGUUCAGAUGAAGGCAGUGAACACUUGAAGAUUGUCUACUUUUAUAAAGCCAAUUGUGUAGAUGUGUUGACCGAUGAAAUGAUCAGUGAGUGUGGACUCGCACAGGCGGUCAUCACUUUUGUCAACAACUUUACCACAGAUAAGGACUCGUGUGAAGCACUUCAUGGUAUCAAAAAUAGACUUAUCUUUUACGAGAUGGAGACUAAUUUCUGGUCUGUUAUUGUACUAUCGGUUCCCUAUUCUGUACUGAAAUCCAACGAAGACUCAAAUCAAAUCAUUGAAUACCAUAACGAAGAGAUUAAUGACUCUUUUAUUAAAUUAAUUUUGCAAAACAUUUACCAAUACUUCCGACUCAUCAACGGACCCAUUGAUAAACUGUGGCAAACAUGCAAUGAAAAUAGAGAUCAAUUCCUCUCCGUUUGCAAAGUAUUUUAUGACAAUAUAAUACCAAAUAUAAGAUUAUCUCCAAUUAGUUUGAUUGAAGUAUAUUCUGCUAUUCAAUACUUACCAUUAGAUUCGCUAACAUUUAUGUCAACACAAAGUUUUGUAAAUCACCUGAAAUGCAUUGAUUGUCAGCUGAUCCGACACACAAUGUUCUUAUAUAAUGAUCAAUUAGUUUGUAGUUCUUUACCGCUCAACGACACGAAAACUUUGUACAAUUAUUUAGUCAGUGUUAUCAUUCCCGAUGCCGUCUGUGAAGAAAUAAGUGGUCAACAGUCAGCAAAGACUCGUUGGAUUUUAAAAGACUUAAAAGUUUAUUUACAAGAUUGUGAUCAACAAUGGUAUCAAAUGAGUUUAUACCGGUCUAUAAAUGGAUCCACUUUUGUGUUAUUAUUAAGUCAACCAAACCAACUGUUACUAACCAAAUGCGAAGCUCUAAUGGUCUCACGUAUUGUAAGCUUAACUACAAAAUUAGCUGAAAUAGCCAUCAAAAUCAAUGGUACCACUAAUACCAGCACUGAUCCCGUGGCCAAAGAGACGUUCAAAUUUGUUUAUUUUAAUUCAAGUAAUAAUGCUUUCAAAGCCAACAUAUCGGCUCUCUUUGAUCAAAGAAAGAUCACUGAAUCAGAGUUUGUUAAACUAGUAGUUGAUAUCGAUUCAGACUUACAAACAGUUAUCAAAAGUCAUAACGUCUGUGAAAUAAUUAGUAAAACAACAAACGAUUCGUGGCUUAUAGUCCAUCACUCGGAUGACAGGACACUCUUCUCUAUGCUUAACCAUAAAAAUGCUAAUUUAAUUGAAGCCUCCGAUACUGUCAAUGCAUUGACGUGUAAACAGUUUAAGAAUAUUUUAUUUGUUGAUUGAUUUUUUAUGCAUGAAAUUAUUA